AUGCUGCUUCUUCACUCGCUUCUUCUCUUUGUGGCUUCCGUAGCCGCGCACGGCUGGGUCAAGGACCUCCUCGUCGACGACGAAUGGUACACAGGCUCGCUUCCGUACUACGACUCCUGGCAGAGCCCCACCCCGGAGCGCAUCGUCUGGUCUUUCUGGUCCGCGGGCAACAACCCGGUCACCAACGUCACCUCCUCCGCAGUCACCUGCAACCUCGACGCUCAGACCGCUGCCAUCACCGCCGACAUCAACGCCGGCGACAACAUCACUUUCUAUUGGACCGACUGGAUCGUCUCCCACAAGGGCCCCGUCAUCACCUACCUCGCCAACUGCGACGGUCCGUGCGAAGACCUCACUGACCCGACCACCCUCUCCUAUUUCAAAAUUGACGAGGCAGGAUACUACGAGGACGACGAUGUCUGGGCGUCAGACAAUCUUCGGACCAACAACAACUCCUGGACCGUCACGAUCCCAUCUGAUAUCGCGUCGGGAUUCUACCUCAUCCGCCACGAGAUCAUCGCCGUUCAUCUUGCCUACGAGGAAGGAAAGGCCGAGAUUUACCCCAUGUGUGCAAACCUCAAGAUCACCGGCUCCGGCAGUGCAGAACCCUCCGGUGUCUCCUUCCCUGGUGCAUAUCAGGAGACUGAUCCGGGGUUGUUUAUCAACAUCUACUGGGAAUUUUCUACAUAUCAGAUACCUGGUCCCACUCUCUACACCCCUGCUGCAACCUCUACUUCCUCAGUCACUACUACUACCAGUAGUACGACGUCAGCGACUUCCUCCUCGAAGAAGACAUCGGCGACCUCAACUUCCACGAAGACGUCUUCAAAAUCUUCAAAGAGGAGCUCUACGACAAGUCCAACUCCCACCUCGACUUCAUCUUCUACCAAGAUCGGGACGACUUCAUCAUCUUCUACGACUUCGACCUCGACUUCCACAAGCUCGUCAUCAACUACCUCAUCAUCAACUACCUCAUCAUCAUCGCAUCAUACGAAAUUUACGAAAUCAGCAAGCAGCGCACCCCAAGCAUUAACGUCAACAACCCUCCUCACCCGUUCCCACAGAUCUCAUCAUACAUCUUCGAUAUCUACCUCAAUCUCAAUCACGACUCCAUCGCCAUCGACCACAUCGUCAACCACCUUUACUUCAUCCACCUCAACUACAAGCGAAGAUGACGAAGUAUACGCCACUACAGUCACCGUGAUCGAAUACGUCACCGCAAUCGUCACCGACAUCGUUUACGUCGAAGAGACUGAUAUCGAAACCGUCACCGCCUACGCAACUGCUUCGGCUGUUUUGGAGAAGCGGGGUCAUAUUCGGCGGCGGGGUUUUUAA